AUGCCCCAUAGACGUGAAGUCUACCACUUGGCUGCCUCUUACCAGUUCCGCAUUGGGACAAAAUACCCUGUCCUUGGAGAGCUCCUAAGCCGUUUCACAAUGAAAUCAAGCAAGGACACUAUUCUUGCUCUCCGGCGUAUGAUGAAACAUGCCUGGGAUAAUUAUAAGCGUUACGCAUGGGGAUUAAAUGAACUGAAACCCAUAUCUAAGCAAGGACAUUCAAGCAAUUUAUUUGGUAACAUUCAAGGAGCAACAAUAGUGGAUGCCCUUGAUACACUAUACAUCAUGGAAAUGAAAGAGGAAUUCAAGGAAGCCAAAGAGUGGGUUGAAAAAAACUUAGAUUUCAAUGUGAAUGCUGAAAUUUCGGUAUUUGAAGUGAACAUCCGUUUUGUCGGUGGAUUACUUUCAGCUUACUAUCUUUCAGGAGAAGAGGUUUUCCGAAAAAAGGCCGUGGAGCUUGGAGAGAAAUUGCUACCUGCUUUCAACACUCCCACUGGGAUACCUUGGGCAUUGCUUAAUAUUAAGAG